AUGCCACACGGCCUCUCGCAUAUCGUGCUCCAUGCAUGCACGCCCGACGAUUUUGACCACACAUUGAACUUUUAUACCAGCCUCGGCUUUGAACAGAUCUUGGACCAGCGGUACACAGACGGCGCAGACGAACGACGCGUCUGGCUCAAGUUGAGCGCAGUGGAGCACACGCUGACGACAGACAUCACCUUGAAGCUGACCUUGACCGCGUCAGCCAUGCGACGUGACCAGCCACCUGCUGAUUUGGACUGGUCCUUGGAAGAAACUGGCAUUGUCCUGUCGACUGCCGACAUCCAGCAAGUCAAAGUCAAACUCGAAACAAUUGGCGCUCCCUACCAAGAAAAGGACAUCCAUCACAACCACAAGAUUUAUGCACUCGACCCCUUGGAAAACCUCAUUGUCUUUACCGACAAGCCUGCCUUCCCGAGUCUGCUCACCCAAGAUCAGGCCAGCCAAGGCGUCCCUCCGCCCGUGGAUGCUGCCGCACAGCCCGCCACGCGCACCCGCAAGAUCGGUGUCCUGACAUCCGGUGGUGAUGCGCCCGGUAUGAACGCUGCUGUCCGUGCUGUUGUGCGCUACGGUAUCUCCAAGGGAUGUGACGUCUAUGCCAUCUACGAAGGCUACCAAGGCUUGGUGGAUGGCGGAAAGUGCAUUCGUAGGAUGGAUUGGAAGAGCGUGCGUGGAUGGUUGGCUAUCGGUGGUACGACCAUUGGCACAGCUCGUUGCAUGCCAUUCAAGACGCGUGAGGGCCGUUUACAGGCUGCCGAGAACUUGGUCAAGAAGGGCAUUGAUUCCUUGAUUGUGUGCGGUGGAGACGGCUCAUUGACAGGUGCAGACGUGUUUCGUUCGGAAUGGGGUGGCCUUGUCGAUGAAUUAAAGCAGAGUGGCAGAAUCACGGCAGAAGAAGCUGAGACGUACCAGCACCUGACGAUUGUCGGACUUGUGGGCAGUAUCGAUAACGACAUGUCCAGCACAGACAUCACCAUUGGCGCGGUGACUUCGCUACACCGCAUCUGUGAAAGCGUCGAUUCGAUCAACACCACGGCCUUGUCGCACUCGCGCGCAUUUGUCAUUGAGGUCAUGGGCAGACACUGCGGCUGGCUGGCCCUGAUGGCCGGUAUUGCUACUGGCGCAGACUUUGUGUUUAUUCCGGAACGACCUCCCGCAGGCGAUGACUGGGAAACGUCCAUGUGCGAAGUGACACAACGCCACCGUGAACUCGGCAAGCGCAAGACGGUCAUCAUUGUGGCCGAGGGUGCCAUUGACCGCUCGCUGAACCCAAUCAAGGCCAAGCACAUCAAGAACAUUUUGACAGACAGACUUGGCCUGGACACGCGUGUCACGACCCUGGGCCAUACCCAACGCGGUGGUUCUCCUGCCGCCUUCGACCGUAUCCUUGCCACGAUCCAAUCCGUGGAUGCCGUGGAAGCCGUCCUGCGCUCCACACCCGACACACCCUCGCCCUUGAUCGGCAUGAGCAGCAACAAGGUCACCACCGGUCCGUUGAUGAAGGCCGUCGAGCUCACACACGAAGUCGCCAAGGCCAUCAGCGAAAAGAACUUUGCGCGUGCCAUGGAGCUCCGCGAUCCACAAUUUGCCGAAGAAUACGAAGCAUACAAUGCAAGCACCAUUCUGGACGACAAGUCGCGCUUGUUGCCCGAACACCAGCGUUUGCGUAUCGCCAUCUUGCACGUGGGUGCUCCGGCCGGUGGCAUGAACGCUGCCACCCGCACAGCCGUCCGCUAUGCCUUGAACCGCGGCCAUCGCCCCUUUGCCGUGUACAACGGCUUCCCCGGCCUUGUCCGUGGCUCGCUUGAAGAAGUGUCGUGGAUCGGCGUGGAUGGCUGGACGUCGCACGGCGGCUCAGAGUUAGGCACCAACCGUGCUGUGCCCGGCAAGGACGUGGACAUGGGCAUGGUCGCAUACCAGAUGCAGCAGCACAACAUCCAGGCCCUGCUCUUGAUUGGUGGUUUCGAAGCCUUCUCGUCCAUGAUGAAGCUUGAAGAGGCCCGUGAAAAGUACCCAUCGCUGUGUAUUCCCGUGUGUCACAUCCCCGCCACCGUCUCCAACAAUGUCCCAGGUACCGACUAUUCGCUUGGUUCAGACACGUCCCUGAACGCCAUUGUCGAGUCCUGCGACUCAAUUGCCCAGUCGGCACGCUCGUCGCGUCGCCGUGUGUUUGUGGUGGAAGUCCAGGGUGGCAAGUCGGGUUAUCUGGCGGUAGAGGCUGGCCUGGCCACGGGUGCCAACACGAUCUAUAUCCCCGAAGAAGGCAUCUCCCUCUCCCGCUUGCAAUCCGAUGUCAAGCACCUGAUGGCAUUGUACAUGGAUGACGAUGCCGACAAGUCUGAAGGACGUAUCAUCUUGCGAACAGAAGGUGUCAGCGACACCUACACCAAUGAUGUCAUUAGCAAUAUCCUAAAGGACGAAGGCCAUCAGUUAUUUGAUUCCCGAACAGCGGUCUUGGGCCAUAUCCAGCAGGGCGGCACACCUUCGCCCAUGGAUCGUAUCCGUGCCACCCGUCUGGCCAUGCGUGCGAUCCAGUUCAUGGAGCUCCACUCGUCUGAAGCGCUCAACACUGCGUACGAAGGCAGCGCCAAGACGCCGCCGGUCGAAUUGACAAAGACCAAGGACUCGAUCGCGGUCAUUGGUAUCUCUGGUGUGGAUGUGGUGCACAGCUCAGUGCAGGACCUGUUGCCAAAGACAGAUCUCAAGAACCGUAAGCCGCGUGGUGCUUGGUGGUACGAGCAUCGUCCACUGGUUGAUUUGCUGUCGGGUCGUGGUUUGUUCACCGCUCAAGCUCAAGCCCAAGCCCAACAAUCAAAUUAG